UUGGAAAGGGGCUUUGUCCAAGCGCUGCUCUGAAAACAGCAGCCAGUCGUGUUUACCUCGUGUCCUGCUGUUUCGGUCGCAGUUUACUGUCCACCACUGAAAUUCAAGACCUCUAUGCUGUCAAAGGCCUGUCAGGCUCAGGCCUCAUGAAGUCCUCAGUGACUGAGAGGACCUGCUGCCCUCCCCUAGGAGAGUGAGUGAGUGAGUGAGUGAUCUCCAGAUCUCUAACCUCCCGUGCCAUCCCCCUGCAGCCAGCGUGAUGGCUUACCUGGCCCACACGGCCCACCUGCAAUUCCUGGGCUUGCUGCUGGGCACCCUGGGCUGGAUCCUCAUCUUGUGCAGCGCUGGCAUCAACGAGUGGCGGCUGUGGUACGUGUCCGACAGGUCGGUCAUCACCUCCGGCAUGGCCUGGGUGGGCGUGUGGCGCGCCUGCUUCUACUCCCACGUCACGAACACAGCCGAGUACUGCCGAGCCCUGGUCAUCACAGACUCCUUCCUCCCGGCGGACAUCGUGCUGGCUCAGGUUCUCGUCAUGGUGGCCGUGAUCGUGGGCAUGGUCAGUAACCUCACGGCUGGCUACGCCAUGAGGAAGGUCUACUUUGGGCUGGGGGGGCGCCGGACCAUAAACUUGGCCUUCUGGUCCGCGGGGGGUCUGUACCUGCUCACGGCCACGUGCUCCUUCGUGCCCUUGUUCAUGAACAUGGCAGCCGUGCUGAACAAUGACACCAUCGCGUUCCCCCCGGAGUAUGACUUCCCUCCGGCCCCGGCGAGCCAGGGUAUUGGGGCGGGCAUUGGGAUUGGCAUCGGGGCCUCCGUCUUGGUCACCUUCAGCGGACUGCUCUUCCUGGUCUACAGGUACCCCAAGAAGGACCAGCAGUCCAAUGCCGAGGCGCCCAGCACAGAGGGUAAUGGCAAUCUUGUUGACCCAAAGCCUCGGCCGUCCGUGGGCCUAAGGUCUAUUGCGGAGGACAAAGAGGACAGUGCCAUUGGGGGGGAGGACAACCCAGCCUUUGAACUAGAAGAAAACUGAUCUUCACCAUCAACUCCAGGUAGCAAUGGAGAACCUAAGUUGUUCUCAGGCUGAGAAAUUGGACACUUACUUGAUAAGAGCUGUGAAUGCUAAACAGAGUCACACCACUGUUUCACAACAGCGCUACACCCACCAGGACUUUAGAUGUGGAAGAUUGCUGCACAAUUGUCUGCCCGCACAGAUUUAUUGUGACAUUUGAAUGGAUCAGUACAUUCUCAGCUCUCCAGCACGUUACAUUUAAUUAUCUGAUAGUGUUCAAUCCAGAACUAAUUUCCUCUGCUCAAAUGUAUUUAUUUUAUGAAGAAAGGACCCUUUCCAAACAAACAGUCAAGUUGAUAAUGCAAAUUAAAGGGAAAUUAAAUCUACUCGGCUGAAUUAUAUGAGUCUAUUGUUUGUCUAUGGAUCUCAGUAAAAGUUGUUUUUUUCUCUCAUAGUCGUCUGGUUGGUGAUUACAGAUCAUUAAUCACAAAAGUUUAUUUUUGUGGAUAUGCUACAGUUUUGAAUUACUGUGGAAUUUUAUAUUGUUUAUUGAUAAAUAAAUGUGGCUGUUUAGUUUGGAAUUCGUUCACUAAAUCAUUAUUUGUGCUUUCAUGCGAUCCGCAAUCAGGUUUCAUUCUUGGUUCAGCAAAAGUGUCCGUUUCUAGUCUGGACAACAGCGCUGACGCUCAAUCAUUCUCCCUCACAGCACAGCAGAUAAACUUUACAGUUGUCAGCGCUAGUAUGGCUGAUAUAAUCUUUAAGAGAGAUGGGGUCCAGCGUUAGGUAAGGUGAGCACAAUUACCCAAGUGCCCCAUGCUGAC